CACGACUCUGUUUAGGCCAACCAGCUCUAAAACGAAUGAUGUAAGGCAGAAUGAAAGGAAGUUGAACAUCUAGCUCUGCUGCCGACAAGUUGGAAAGAAGCUUCCAUAAUGAUGUGAAAUUGGCGGUGAAGUUGUCAGAUCAUACUAUGAAACGCUUUGUUCCUGAGAAAUAGUUUAGUAACUUAGGCCAGAAGAUCAGGGGCAGGGCAUCUCAUUACUUUACUUUGUUAUGUUAGGUUGGAGUCGCAUUUGGUAUCUUUGCAGACUGCAGUUAUGAAUCAGAAUUGGCAUAGCAGUCCGUUUGAAAAUGACCUCAAGAAUCUUAAUCAACCAUUUGGGAGGAGUAUUGACCCUGGUAUCGACAAUGUUAACUUGAAUUCCAUGAUUGGAGAUUUCAUGCAAAGUGAACAAUAUCCAUAUCAUCUAAAUUUGAAUGACAGCUUAACAGAACUAUCACCAGAAGAAACUGAACAGUUUCUUGAAGAUGCAUUCAGCUUUACCAGUUCAAAAAGCCCUCUGUCAGAUGAUCUCACGGAGUCAAGCUUGAGCAUGGAGAGCUCCCCAGCCACACAGCACAGCGAUGACUUACUCUGUAUGUCAUAUUUGACACAAGAUGUAAAACAAGAAGAGCUGUCACCUGCUACAAACUCUAUGGAAUUUAGAAAUCCAUUAGAAAAUGCAUCUUUGCCAGUCACUCUCAAUGGGAGACUAAGAUUAGGGGAUAGUGGCAGUGAGGUUGAUUCUUUCCUUCAUCAAUCAAAUAUCACUGCAAACAAUUCACCAGACUUAUCUUCACUGCUAACUAAGUCAAGUGAAAUUUCUCUUGCACAGUUGGAUGAUAGCAUUUGUACAGCAACGAGUCCACUGAGUUACCAUCAGGUCAACAUGGUGGGUAGGCAAGUGCCAGAACCAACCAUGAGGCCAAUCAAAACGAAAAGCACUUCAAAUGACCAGCAACCUGUUCAGCUUGUUAACCUCUUGCAAAAUGGCCCAGAGGCAGAAUCUCUUCCUUCAACAAAUGUAGAUACUCCAGCUAACCAGAAGAAGAGACCAAGCAAGCCAAGGAAACAGAAAGUAAAUGAUCAAAAGGUUCCUAAACAGACCAAGGUAGCCAAAUCACAAUCUGAGGAGUUGGAAUCAAACUCUGUGGGCGUCAAAAAUGAAUCUUCUUCUCAGUCUGUAUCCCAGGUUGUCAUGAUCCCGCAAGUGGUGUUCACAGGACGAGAUGCCUCUACUUCACAGCCUAUUACAGCAUACAUAGCGACUUCAUCAAAGCAAGUAAUGACAACAGUCCCAAUCAAAAUUAUGAGCUCAAAUUCUAUUGAAAUGGAGAAGAUUCCAAUAACACCCAUUGGCAAGAAGAAUCUCAGUUCAAACCUUAAAAGAAAGAAUGAAAAAUGUGGGCGAAAAACCAACCACAAUGAAGUUGAAAAAAGAUACAGAGAAAGUAUUACCACAAGCUUAGAGGAUCUGAAAGAAUUAGUUUUUGGCCAUGACACCAAGAGCACAAAAGCUGGGAUAUUAAGAAAGGCAAUGGAUCAUAUUAAAUAUUUGAGAAAGAUCAACCAACGAUUGAAACAGGAAAAUAUGAGAUUGAAGAUGGCCCAAAAACAAACAAGCCUGGUAGACUUGGUUCAGAACCAUAGCAAUAACUCUCACAUUCACCAUAAUAUAAUUGAAGACAUUGAUGCUGAUGUCUGUUCUGAAGAUGAAGAUAUCGACCUAAUGGAGGAAGAACUGCAGUCCCAUGAUUCUGGCCAGUCCUCUGCUGCCACUUCACCAUCUUCAGUUGAAUCUGUUCAAGCCAAUGGCACUUUCAGCAUUUUGAAUAAACAGCGCUUCUUUCUCAGCAUGUUUAUGUUUGCAUUCAUGUUUCUUGGCCCUGGCAAACUCUUGUUUGGAACCAAAGAUGGACUUUCUUCUGAUUAUGAUACUCCGCAUACCGGGGGUAGAACAAUCUUGUCAGUGAAUAAGGACGCUGAGAACGAUGGCUUCAAAGCCUACACUACGGUUAUUGUCAAUUCAAUCUUGUAUCUGCUGUUUUUUGCAUGGCUUCUAAUCAAGGGUGAACCACGCUAUUCUCGUGAUUCCAAAAAUGUCGCCUCGUUCAAAGCUUACAUGAAUAAAGCAGAUUCUGAGGCAACCAAAGGAGAUGUCGAGAGCGCAAGAAGUUGUGUUGAGCGCGGCUUGCAAGUGAUUGGGCGUCCAUGGUCGUCCUCAAAAAUUGACGUCAUCCCAUCAUUAAUCUGGCAUUUGGUUUGCCACGUGCUACAUCAAACUGGUAUUCUGUCUCUACUCAAGAACCUAGGUUGGUUGAUUUUGCCACGAAGACUGUCAGCUGCGGAGGCGAAAUCACGAUAUCGUAAUUCUUGUUCGCUUGCAUCACAGGCAUAUGGAAAGCUGCUUCAACUUGAAUCGAUUGGAAACCAAGGAUGCAAAUUAACAUGCUUAAAGUUGGCCAUUGCUGCAAUAAACAUGGCAGAAAAUGCAGAUGAAGUAGUCUCCAGUGAACAUGUCUUGAAGAUAUAUCUGCAUUCGGCAAUUAUGUUGAGGGUGAAGUUUGGAGUCUUCUCGAAACUUUUCAUGCGCUACUUAAUAAGUCGAGCCAACGCAUUGCUGGCAGAACGAGCCGACGAUGUCCCAGUAUCUUUGGCUUGGGUCUUCCACCCUUUUGGUCAUCAAUAUGUGUUGUCGGCGAAAUGGUCACUGGAAGGAUUUCAUUUUGACCGGAGUUCUAUGAAAGAACCUUUAGAACACGUGAAACAAAGCUUUAUUUUGACCCAAGUUGAAGCAGCUCUGGGGCAGAUUGUAGCCCCUGCAAGUAAUGAAUUGGAUAUUCAAGCCACUGAGCGCUGCUUGUCUGUACUGAAACAGUGUGGCUCUGACAACGAUGACACUGUGUCUUUCUGGCAUGGUUUGCUGAGUGUUGUGUUCUAUGUUGGUGUUGGGAUGAAGGAAAAAGCUCGGGAAUCUUGGGAGUCGCUGGAUUGUUAUGCCGAAGAUAAAGCGUCCAAUGCCAGUGAUUUGUACGACCUCGUGGAUUGUUACUUUGACACCGUAAAUGGGACGGCUGAGGAGGAGGUUGAAGCCAGGCUCUUGAUUGUUGAAGAAAACAUUCUUAAAAAUUUCGCCUUUGAUGAAGGCAGAAAGCAGCAAAGCAGCUUUUUGCAGCUCUUAGCAGCUGCCUGUGCAGAUAUGGCUUUGAGCGUCAGAAUUGCUCGUUGGGAAUACUCGCGUACCAAAUCGAUGACCGUCGAUCAGCUGGAGAGAUUUGAGCAGAACCUCAGUAUUUUGAAGGCCCUUUCCUGCCUGUAUGCUCCUUUGAUUAAUAAGGUCAAGUAUUUCAAUGAAGCAAUGAGAGUCAUGGCUGGUGUUAACCCGGUUGGACUCACAAAGGGUUUGCUACGAAACAGAAGACAAGAUCAAUCUGACCUCGCUCUUGAUACCAAGACGAGCAUUCAGAAUGAGGAAUUCCAAAACACGAAAAUCAUGUUGUUUGUCAUCAAGCAUUUGCCUUCAAUUGUCGCAAAAUGUUAUCCAACAAGCUGCAUCGCGUAUCUUCAACGUGUCGGCCUUAUAUUGGAGAAGUCAGGCCUAACAGAAAUGACUGAAGAUUGUAAAAAGGUAUUAGCAACCCUCAAAACAUCAUGAAGAGUGCACUUUUUUUAGAAGAUAUGACAAGACUUUCAAGUAAACCUUUUACCAACUUCGCUAGCACAGUUACAAGGAGACAGAAUUUUACCAGUAGAUAUAAAAGCCUUUACAUUCUUUGAAAUUGAUUAUUGUAAUUCCCUUUUGUAGAAUCGGCCUGGUCAACUUUUGGUGACUUUUAAUCUGAUGGUCGGAUAGUCCGUAGCGGAUGACGAAGGUCCACUUCCUAAGCUAGUAUACUGACAAGAUAAUUAUGGGACAUUUGCCCCCAGCCUUCUCCCACAAUGCCUCUGUAUCUUUCCUCUUGUUUUCAGUGUAGAUACUGAUAUUUCAGCCUCUCCACUCCGACAUUAACUACCCUUUUUCCCAUAACCUUUGUUUCCUCAAAAUCUGGGGCUCACAUUCCCCCACCCCUCUCUGUUGACAUAGACUUUCUUUCAUUUUUUGCAAAUUUCGCACGCCAGAAUCCAUUACGGUUUAUUAAAAUUUAUGUUAACAAGUCAUCUACUGCACUUCUGCAAUAUUUUUUUAACACACGAUAUUAUUUCAAGAUCCGCCCGAUAAAGUGCCUACGGCAUUGAAUAAACCCUAAAAUCGCGGCCUUUCUCUUAAAACUGAGGUGUUAGAUAGUUAAAUGUAAUAGGUGUUAAAUUAAGAAUAGUAUCAUUUGUUGUUUAUUUGUUAUUAUAAAUAGCCGACUUAGGUACUACCAAUUACAUUUGUAUCUUA